AUGGCACUGGAAGGACGAACGGGUAAAGAACUCUGGAGACAUUACACUCCUCACGAAGUCUACGGACUCAAUUGCAAUGCAGACUUAAAUAAAGAUGGAAUUGCCGAUUGCUUAGCAGGAGGACGAGCUGGAGUGUUCCAGGCCAUCAGUGGAAAGGAUGGGUCGUUGAUCUGGAAUUUUGGUAAACAAGAUGCCAAAAAUGGUAUCAUGAAUUUGUAUACGGCGCAACUGAUAAGGGACCUUGAUGGAGAUGGAGUGCUCGACAUUUUAGCCAUUCAUGGAGGCGAUCCUUUACAACCGGCAGGCAGUCCACAUCGUCUUCCGGGUCGCCUUAUAAUAUUCAGUGGGCAGACUGGCAAAGUACUCCGUUGGGUAGGAGUACCCGAUAAAAGGGAGUCAUACUACUCCCCUCAGGUAUACUUAUUACCAGGCGGCAAAGAAAUGGUACUAUUUGGUACAGGUGGAGAGACACAUCCCGGUGCUCUUUGGCGUAUAUCUUUGUCAGAUCUCUACGCCGGUAAAAUGGAACGGGCUCAGCGGAUAUGUGGGGACAGUACGAAAGGUGUAAUGACCCCUCCAGUACUACUGGAUCUCACCGGUGACGGCGUGUCGGAUAUUAUUCUGCCCCUAUACAAUUCUACAGUCUUGGCUAUAGACGGUCACUCUUUGGCCAUUUUAUGGAACCACACUUUCCCAGAAUCAGAAUCUUAUAACACUCCGGCAGCUGGUUACUAUAACAACGAUGACGUACCUGACUUCAUGGUGAAAUACGCGCACGGACCUGGCUUCCCGAUUUAUUAUUAUUCACAGACUACAAUUUUGGAUGGCCGUACAGGCAAGAGUCUCAUAAAUCCACCCAUUAGAGAUACUGUAGGUGCUAUUUCAUCACCGCUUACAGUGAGCAUGGAAGGACAAGGAAAUGAUCUUUUCCUUUACUGGAUUGCUGACUGCCUUCAACACGAAGGACAAGGAGUCGAAUAUUCUUUUGAAAAAGGAACAAAUGUCCAUAAACAAAGUCGGGCCGAUUUCUGUAGGUUGGCUUUCAAAACGAAAGGAUUUGCCAAAUUGUAUGCUACAAGCCAACACAUCAAAACGCCUGGUACUGUUAUUUAUUUCUCAGAGGAAAGAGACAAAGAAGAACAUAAGGCCUGGGUCAACACGACUGCCGAAGCCAUCGAGUUCGUUAGUCAUCACCCAGAAUAUCUGGAGAAUUACUUAUAUUACAAUUCCUUGAAUACCGAUUCUCAGAAAUCGCGUAAUGAUCCCGUGACGAGGCAAAGACUAAUUAAUGAAUUCGGGCCUUACAACCAAGAAACUAACAACUUUUACGACGAACUUAAAGGAACGCCAAUGAGUUCGGAAGCUAAGAAGGGCAAAUUUCUACAUCACCGCAAAACAACCCCUAAACUACUCCCUAACUACUACAACAAUUAUAAGAAACAGGACCCAGGCCCUGGUCUCGGAAGGAGUGGUGGGUACUCGCUUAACGAGGCCCCUACUCGUAUGAAUAACGGUCGAAUUGAUGUCAAUAACAGAGAAAGCGUUCACAACGGAGAUGUCGACGGUGUUAAUUAUGAUGGGACAAAUUCCGCUCAGUACGAUGACAUUUAUGAUGACGGUGGAGGCACGGGUUCGUACCCCUCAAGAGACUAUUCUCAAAACUCACAAGAUUAUUCCCUUUACCCUUAUUCACAGAAUGGGCAAGCGCCUUCUGGUGAUAGAAUGAUGGAUGCUCGAACCAACACAGACACCGAAGGGGACAUGAGACCCGGAGAAAUGGAUGAGAGCAAUCUCCCCAAAUACAACGAUCCCACAAAUGUCAGGGGUCAAAACCGUCCUUACGAAUACGGCCGAAUGCGAUUGAAACGGUUCCGAAAUGCUCCCAGACGUCUGUAUGGCAAUGACAAAGCGAUUUUGAUGAAUGCCCUCGCUUACGGGGUAGAUGAAAAAAUUAACCCUGCGAAGUUUCUGCUGACUGACCGCACACUAAACGGGAAAGCAGAAACCUUUAGGGAAAAUCUUGCUGAAGAGGACGAACCAAUGCCGAAGUUUUUAAUGAGGAAGAAGAGAUCGCCAGCACGAAGAUGGAAUAUGGGCAAAGAUUCGGUCAAAAGAAAAAUGUCAAGCAAAAAGAGAAAAACGAAGACUAUUGUCUUGACCUCGUCUUCCAAUCGAGCCAGAAUGGCUGCUGGAAUUUAUCGUCACGAACGGAAGACUAAACGGACUCGUAGAAAAAAAAACAGGAAAAGGGAACCCAGGGGUAAUCUUCCAGAUUUUAUGAAAACGAGAGUAAAGCGCCAUAUCGGUCCACAUGAUACUAAGGGUCUUAUGAGACUGAUAUCUACGGGUACCCUCGCCCCAUCUACGCUGCCAGCCAAUCAUCCCGACCGAAAAUAUUCUAUCGACCUAGUGUUUGCAACAUAUUGGUUCUUUCCGGCCGACACUCGAUUUAUUUUGCCGGAAAACAAAAAAUGCAUCGAAAAGAAAAUGGCGAAACAAAAAAUACGAUUCAACCGAAAAAGUAAAUAUUUUGGAAUGGAUUCCGAUGCUUAUGAAAAGGCUGUUACUGAAGAAUGUUUAAAUACCCGCCAAGAUCAGUCGAAACAAAUACCACAUCAUCACGACAACUACAAUCCUUUCUACAUACCAAUGGGGCAGAUGACUAUUUACAGACUGCGGUUAAAGUGCUUGUGCGCUGAAAGUGAGGAUAUAAAGAGCGGGAAAAAGCGUUGUGCGCGGACCUUACCUUUCGAAGAACAACAGUGGCCAUCCUAUAUGGGGCCAAACGGCGAUAGCCAUUGGUUACCUCGGCCACAAUCUCAGCAGCCUACGGUGGUUCCGGAUCAGCCGAAAUUGUUUAGGCAGAAAUUUUCCUACUCUCUCUCUCUCUCUCUCUCUCUCUCUCUCUCUGUCACUUCCGACCCCAAACGAGUGAACCUCGUUACGACAUUUUGUACUCGUAUAUAUAACAAUUAUCUCUCUCACCCCACUCCUAUCUAUCUAUCUAUCUAUCUAUCUAUCUAUCUAUCUAUCUAUGUCUUUCUCUGUGCCAUUUGCUUCAGGACCUAG